CCACUACUACCGCAAGCGAACCCGUUCGCUGAGUGGCGCCGACGAUGAGGAGCCGAGUGGCCACGGGGAGGAGCGGCUGGUGGAGGUGCGUAGCAGGAAGAGUAGCACCCAAGGGUCCAAGGGUAGCCUCGAGCGUAGCAGCUUGAAGCUGGACCUUGCGGCGGACCCCGGGAAAGGGGCCGAAUCGAAGCGUUCCAGCUCAUCGAAGGCCUCCUCCGACCCGAAGGCCAAGGAGGGUCAGAAGGUAGCGCCGAAGUUGCCGGCGGGAACGCGGGGCAGCACGACGAUGGUUAAGUCCAAGUCGACCACGUCGACGCCGGCCAAGACUAAGGCAGGCAAGUCGGGUGGUGGUUCGCUGAAAAAGUCCGGCUCGGUAAAGUCGAAGUCGGCAGCGGCGGCGAAGAGUUCGCCGGCCUCGAAGGCUUCCGGUGCGAAGCCGCGGGCAGCGAAGGAACUGGCCCAGUUCGGGGCUAUAGAGACGGACCACCGGACGAAGCGGGGCACGCUGGGGGGCAGCGGUGGCCGGGUGGACGAGCUCAGGUCGGAGUCGGCGGGCGGCGUGGUGUACAGCAGCUCGGAGUCGAUCAAGUCGAUCAUCGACGAGGUACGGCUGGAGCUGCUGCAGAAGCCGAAGACGACGGUGUACCUGAGCGACGACGCCAGUCCGACGGCGGUGGGUCUGCACCGUCGUCACUCGUUCAGUGACGACCGGUACGGGGGCCGCAAGGACGAGCGACAGCACCGUCCGAUGCCGGACGGCGAAGAGGGUGAGGGGAUCUUUCCCAAGUGCAAGUCCCGUAGCGCGAGCGUCGCUUCGUCGGUGGGAAUGGACGAGCACCGCCCGGGGAGGGGUCGACGCCCGGUGAGGGGGGGCUACGAUGAUUACGAUGACGACGAUGGGGCCGAUGAUGAUGAGGUGUUCGAGAGUUCGUUCUCGCGCGGUCGGAACGCCUCGUUCAAUGGGAAGUCGUCGUUGCGGGCCCGGGACAGGGUCGGGACGCGCCGGACCAGCAGCCUGGAGGGGUUGGACCAGUUCCAGGCCAACCUGCGCCGGGAGCGGGGAGCGGGGCAGGGUAAGAGUGACAGUGCCCGGCACAGCUCGGUCAGCAUCAACGAGCAGCCGGAGUACUUCGAGUACGUCCGCUCCCCGUCGACCCCGCUGCAGGAGGGAACCCCGCUGGGUGGUGGUAGUAGGAGUAGUGACCCACGCCGUACCGCUAGCCGUAGCCAACCCGCUAACUAUGCUUCUCCCCUUCCCGCUCCGAAAUCCUCCAACGGUGUCGCGCUGCUGCAAACGGAACCGAAACGUCCGUCGAUGAAAAAACCGACGACCGCGGCGAACCAUCAUCGAUCCCGAUCGCACCCGCGCGCGGUGGCCGGCAGUGAGUACGAUGUGCGCGGCCGGAACCGCUACAGCGGGCACAACGGGGGCCGGGAUGCGGCGUACCGGCACCGGGACCGGGAGCGGGACCGGAACAGCAGCGACCACGAGCGGGACCGUGACCUGAGCGAUCGGGAGCAGCGCGAGUCGCACGAGCGCACCGAACUGGACCAAAGUCUUUCGAACACCGAGGGAACACCGGAGGAUAAGAUAGACGGUAGCCUGAGCGACACGGCGGUGAUCCAGAGUCUGGACGCACGACGUAAGUUGGACCAACGAUCGCCGAAGAGCGAAACGCCGACCCGGGACCGGGACCGGUUCGGGGCCGGGAUGGGCAUUAAGAGUAACUCGACCUCCCAGCUGUCGGCAACAGAUGAAAAAGGUCGUAAGCGACGCAUGGGUUUUGGUAAGCGUGGCAAGAACUCGUUCACCGUGCACCGCAGCGAGGAGGUGCUCCCGGGCGAGGUGCGAGGCGGCGGCUGUGGUGGUGGCGGCGGUGGUGGCGGUGGCGGCGGCGGCCUAUCGCGGGGCUCGUCCGCCUCCAGCGACGGCGAAGGCAGUGCCGACGGUGACAGGUGGUCACCUUCGUUGCGCGUAGCGGGUGAUACCGGACCUUUGUCGGACUUCAUCGAUGGUUUGGGACCAGGACAGCUAGUUGGACGCCAGGUACUGGGUGCUCCUGCCUUAGGUGAUAUUCAACUGUCUAUGUGCUAUCAGAAGGGUUCGUUAGAGGUUGAAGUGAUAAGAGCGAGAGGAUUGCAGGCACGUCCUGGCUCAAAAGUACUUCCAGCGCCUUACGUUAAAGUGUAUCUAGUUUCCGGUAAAAAAUGUAUAGAAAAAGCAAAAACAACGACUGCUAGGAAAACGUUAGAUCCACUAUAUCAGCAACAACUAGUGUUUAGAGAACCGUUUGCAGGUUGCAUACUUCAGGUUACCGUGUGGGGCGACUAUGGUCGGAUGGAGGGCAAGAAGGUAUUCAUGGGCGUAGCCCAGAUAAUGCUGGACAACCUCAACCUGUCCCACAUCGUCAUCGGCUGGUACAAACUGUUCGGCACGACGUCCCUGGUCAGUGGGCCACCCAGUCUGGGCCUGUCUAGACGAUCCUCGAUUGCAUCACUUGAUUCACUCAAGCUGUAA